CUUUGAAGCAUGAGUGACCAUUCAAGUUGUUUCAGCCCCAACUUUUAUGAGAAUGGACUUACUAAAGGUGUCGACUCAAGUGUCUCAGUCAAAGAAGAAGAUCUUCUGAAUAUCAGUAAAGAGAGUUUUAAAUAAUACUAUUGAAGUUGAAAAUGCCCUUGAGGGAAUUCUUAAAGAAAAGGACUCAGAAAGUGAAAAUUUUAACUCCUGUACUCAAUCAGCCAUGAGCGAGACUGAUCAUGAGAAGAGGAACAGUCUUCAUUCCAUGUUUGAAGCAUGUUUACGCAAAAACAACAUGCUUGGGGAUAACUUUAUCCUAAUGUGGAUCAAUGAAAUUGAGAAUCCUAAGAAUUUUUAUGAAAUCGCUAAGAAUAAUUUAUAUAAAAAGAUCAAGAGAGAAGGAGUUGUUCUUACAGAAAAUGAUUUAUUUGAAGAACUCAACAAACAGUUUGAAUAAUUGGAUUAAACAAUAGCAGACAAAUAAAUACUGAUACUACUGAGCAUCAGACUAAGAAUACUAAUGAAGAAAAAUAUUCUCUCAAUCCUCCUUCUGAAUUGAUAAAUAUCGAAGUUUAUUGUUCUAAAGAGAGUAAGGUGAAAUGAAAGAAAAAGAAUGGAGUUCAGAAGAAGACAAGUGUUAGUUCGUUCCCUUGAUCCCAUGAAUCAUCAGCUGCUUCAAAGGCUAAUUACAAAAAUCGUGCUUUGUUUAAUAUGCUUCGAACUCCAAGUUCAGAUUCCCACAGCAAGAUUACAAUUCAGAAUAGGAAUUCUAAGAUAGAUGAGCCUAUGAGUUUUAGAAGUUAUCAAAGAUACACCGAUAUCUCUAGAAGAAGUGAGCCUUAUGCAUGUAAUAAGAGCAGUUUCACUAAGGACUCUAAAAGAGUAUACAAAGGCUACACUCCCAGAUACUGAAAGGUGAAAAGAAGCAAAGCUAGUCAUCAUGAAAAGCCAAAAGUGUUUAACUCUUUUGUCCAGAAAGUCCCGAAAUUUGAGCAGAAUAGUUCAUGAGAAGAAGUUCAGAGGACUAAUACUGAAGUUAAGGUGAAAAAGCAUGUCCCAAGGAUAAUCUUGCCUACUAAAUCUAUUCAAAGUGUGAAAGACUCUUCUAAAAGCAUUAUCCAAAAUAGCUCUUGUUCUGAUGAGAGUAAUAAGUUUUAUUCUGGAGACAGGAUGCUCAAAGGGUCUGUAUUAAGCCAUAAAAGCUCAUAUAUUUCUAAGAAGACUGCCAGUCCUGAUAAGACCAAAUAAGCCAGGCUAUAGAUCUGUGAAUGCAGUGAGAGUUUUGACGAAUAAAAGCAAGAGCAAUCCGAGGGCUUUCACUUACAUAAAGGAUUCCUCUACAUCUAGAGAUGGAUUGACUAGUAAAGAAAAUAACAAUUUCGAGAAGAUUGAAACUGAAAAUAGCUGUAUCUCCAAAACUAUUGAGGAAGAAGACAAGAGUCAUGAUCUAAAACAUGGCGGCUACGGAGACCAAGAUGAUAUAGUCAUAUCCUCAUAUGCAUCUAAUGAACAGGCAGAUCUUUAUCAAAUUAACGAAGAUUCGGUAGAACAUUUUCCAACUGACUCUUUGGAGAAUUCCUAUAAGGAAUAUUUAGAGAAGAGUUGUACUCAGAAAACUAUUCUGGACUGAGACAGCCAAGAUCAUGCUAACUACCAGUCUGAAGGGAGUGAGCUCCAUAUGAACGAUAUCCAUAAUCUCAGUCAUAAGAAGCCAAGUGGUUAUUUUGGCUAA